AUGAUGGAAAGAGAAAAAGAGCUGCUCAGAUACUACUCUGGAUUGUAUCCUCAAGUGAAUGUGGGCAUGAAUGCAAAUGUGAGCUUAGACACUGAUUUUUACAGUAGUUCAAAUGGAGUCGAAAGCAGUCUCAAUCCAAGACAAGUCUUUUGGAUUAAAAAGAGGAGACUGAGGAGAGAAACCCUGGAUUCGCUAAUGAAGGCUACAAAUUCUAAUUACAUACACGAGAGUAGGCACAGACACGCUAUGAAGAGAUUGAGAGCGCCGAGCGGGAGGUUCUUGACGAAAGAGGAAACGUUAGUAAUAAAGAAGAGCAAGCCUCAACCGCCAAACAAAUAA